AAGCAAGGCACAAAAUACCAUAACCUCUUGCAGGAAAUCGAACAGUUGUAAACACAAGCGUGAGGGAGGCCAGUGAGGGGAGCCAGGGAGGGAUAAUGCCACCCAGUAGGACAGCCAAGGCAGCGAGGGCUCUCGUGGACGAGUUCUGUACUAUUACGGGGGCAGAUGUGUCCUUGGCACAGAAUCUGUUGGAGGCAUGUGGCAACAACUUGGAAAUGGCCAUCAACAUGCACAUGGAGGGAGCAGUGGACUCUGGAAGCUCUCAGCCAGCAGGUCCAGCCUCAAUGAGAUUCCUGCAGGGUACAGAAGAGGUUGCUGUGAGAGCACCAAUUCCUCAGAAGCAGGAGGUUUUGGUUGAGGGACCUGAUGAAAUUGCCUUCAGUUUCCGUGGCAGACGCAGAAUAGUACGAUCUGUGUUCGACAAAUUUCGAGAUUUUGAAGCAGAAGCUAAGCGCCAGGAAGAGGAACUGCUGGCUAAUAAUAGGGAGGCAGAGGCUGAGGGAGAGGCUUCAACAAGCAACAGUAGUAGCAGCAGUAGCAGCAACAGCAGUCUGUCAGCCUCAGCUCGGAGUCGCAGCAAAACAAAGACAUUAGAAGAUUUGUUCCGGCCUCCACUUGACCUCAUUUAUCGAGGAACAUUCCAAGCAGCUCGUGACUGUGGUGUGGCAAAAAAGCGUUGGCUUAUGGUGAAUAUCCAAGAUGCAAGUGAAUUUCCUUGCCAAGUUUUAAAUCGUGAUGUUUGGUCUAAUGCUGCUGUGAAGACUAUUGUCAAGGAACAUUUCAUAUUCUGGCAGGUGUACCACGACAGUGAAGAGGGCCAAAGAUACAUGAUGUUUUACCAAGUGUCAGAAUGGCCUCACGUUGCUGUCUUGGAUCCAAGGACUGGGGAGUGCUUAGUCACUUGGCAUAAAUUGGAUGCUGUAACAUUCUGUGACUUGGUAACAGAGUUCCUAACUGCAUACCCUGGCUUAGAUGAAAAUUCAGCACCACCCAAGAAAAAACAGCGAGUGGAUCUAAAUGACAGUAUCUUGGAAGCUGAUGAAGCCUCCCAGAUAGAAGCUGCCAUCAAAGCUUCUUUAGUUGAGGCUGACAGUGAAAGGUCAAGCCCUGCAGCUUGUGAGGCAGAUGAAGCAAAUCAAGUUGAAUCUGAUUCCCUUGAAACCUUUGAUUCAGAUCAUGAAGACAUUGACUACUCUCUUGAUCAAAAGAAAACUCCAGAGAGAAUAUUUAAUGGGGAAAACUCUCUAUUCAGAAGAGUAGUCAGUGCAGCUGAGGAGAAAGAAGACACAAAAAGUUCUCACAGUGAAGAGAAAUCUUCAGAUUCAGAAAGCAUGCCCUUCAGUAAUGAAACAGACUGGAAAUCGUAUUUGGGUCCUGCAGAUGACCCAGAAUCAAAGCUAAUGCUCAGGUUGCCUGAUGGUACAAGAGAUAUAGUGUCCAUGCCAUCUUCAUCCAAAUUAAUGGCCCUGGUGAAGUAUGUUAGCAGUAAAGGUUACAGCAGUGAACAGUAUGAGCUGGUAACCAAUUUUCCUCGACGUGAAAUUUCUCAGAUGGACUUUAAUAUAACCUUGGAAGAUGCAGGACUCUUCCCCCAAGAAGCUGUAUUUAUACAAGCUAGAUAACCUUACUUAGAAUUGUCAUUAUUUUUAAUAUUAAGGAAACAUAUACUGCCCUUUUCACUGCCAUCAUAUUUUUAAUCAAAAUGUUUUGAUGUUUUGUACUUACUCAGUUAAUAUAGAUAUUGAUCUGAACAACUUAUGGCUGUGGUAUGUUAUUCAGUUAGAUUAUCAUGAGCCAUAAUUUUGUACAGGCUAGUAAUAUCAGAUUUGUUGGAUGGAAUACAUAAGUGAGUGCAUGUACAUUUGCAUUCUCCAUCACAAUAACAACUGCCAUCAGAUAACUGAAAUGUGAUUUAGAAUUUUUAUCAUCCAUAGAACCCUCAUCAUUAGGCUUUAGGGAAGUAGAUAUUGUAUAUUUACAGAACACUAACUCAGGGUUGGAAACCUCCCUGUUUGCGUAAGAUGUUUCACUGUAAGCCCUUUUUACUUGUUGAGUGUACAUACAUGCUCAAACCAACCAUGUGCCCACAGUGAUCGAGGCAUCCAUCUCAUAUCACAAGAUUAUGUACUUCCAUGGAAAAAUGUGUAUUGGGUUUGGAUCCCAGGAAUUGUACACCUCUGCAUUUUAUUCUUCCUAGAAACUCCCUUCUUUUAAACGAGCACUAGGUCAUUUGAAAUUAAUAGACAUGAGCAAGGUUUCAGCACAAUAAAUUUUGUAUAUCAUGAAAAUUUUAAUAUGUUACAAUACUGAAAUAUUUCUAAGGAUCUUGUCAUUUCUUUUUAAAAACUACGCUGCUUACACGAGAACCAACUUUUCCUCCAAACAUGAAAGUUGGCAUAGGAAUUAUGUGCUCUACAAUAAAAUCUGAAAGAAAAACAAAUAUUGGAAUAAAAUCAAUAAAUAAUCAGUCUAAUA